ACAGCACUGUUUUCCAUGCUUGGAGUAAGAAGAAUUCCAUAGCUUUACAAGUGAUCAAAAAUUCAUGCGAGCUAGACACAUUAUUUGUGAUUUGGGAGAUUAGUUCUGCUACAGUUGCAUGGAAUACUUUGGCAAAAAAGUACCUCCCUAAAAAUACAAGCUCAGAUGUUCUUCAUGUUUUUAAAGAUGACAAUUAUGUGAAUUGGAGUGUUCAAGUAAAAGACCAUUUGAUGGCCCAUGAUCUUUGGGACAUGGUUGAAGAAACCAACAAACCUCAAGAAGAUGAUGAAGCUGCUUUUAAGGCUUGGAGCAAAAAGAACUUCAUGGCCUUGCAUGUUAUCCAGAUCUCAUGUGGAAGGGACUCAUUUUCUAGAAUUAAAAAGAUUAGUACAGCAAAAACAGCUUGGGAUACUUUGGCAGAAUGGAACCAAAUUAAUGCCUUCCAAAAGGCUGCGCAAAACUGGAACCAAAUUAAUGUUGACCAUGAGGCCUUCAAAGAGGACUUCAUAAAGGUUGUGGAAAGUGGUGAUUUGAAUGCUGUAGAGGAAUUCAUUAAGCGUCAUCCCGGCUCUGCGGGUUUGAAAAUCUCAAAUUUAGGCGGGACGGCUCUUCACGUUGCUGUUGCAGCUAAGCAUGAGCAUAUAGUGAAGAAGUUAGUGGCGAUAAUGUCAGAACAAGAAUUGUGUAUAACAGAUGAAGUUGGGGACACAGCUCUAGCUGAUGCAACUAUGUAUAGUAAAAAAUUGGCUCGCUAUCUCUAUUCUCGCACUCCAGAGGAAGAUCUAAAGCCAGAAACAGGCAAGAAUGGUGCUACACUUUGUUACCAUGCUAUAUGCCGCCGAAAUUUAGUUAACACCACAGAUAUUGCUUUGGAUUUAAUUGAGCGUUGUCCAAGUUUGGCUCUUGCUAGGGAUAAAGACGGUGACAGCCCUUUGUAUGCAUUGGUUUCUAGUCCUUUUGCAUUCCCGAGUGAAAAUCGGCUGGUAUUUUGGAAACGAUGGAUCUACAAGUCCUCAUCAAAGCACCGAGUAGAGAAGCUACUCCGCCUUGAGAGGAAAUUUCGUUUUUAUUUUGCAGUGCUAGUAUUGCGCCAACUAGUUGUGAAGCUCCUUAAAAUAUUUGGAAUCAAGGAUUUAUAUGACAUGAAGUUGAUCCAUGUCCAAGCCAAUAAACUUCUAGGCAGCAUGUGCGAGCAGUUUUCAAAGGCAAGUUAUAAAGAAUGGAAGGACAGUAAAGGUUCUGAUGCCAUCUUCUAUGCUAUCGAGAAUGAGAUUUUUAAAUUUGUUGAUAAAAUAGCCAAAGAAAGUCCACAAGUACUUAAGUGGAGCAAGAGUGAUGAUGAACGUUUUCCAAACGCAUUAUGGGCAGCUAUCUAUCAUCGUCAAGCUGAAAUAUUUAGCCUUAUAUGUAGGGUUGACAAUAAUAAUAAUCUAGUAUAUGACUAUGAUAAACAAGGCAAUAACAUAUUACAGAUGGCGGGAAAGCUACCACCUUCCACUUUGGUUAAUCGUACCGCUGGUGCAGCUUUUCAAAUGCAAAGCGAACUACAAUGGUAUAAGGCGGUGGAGAGCAUUGUCCCUCGCUACUGUGAGCUAAAAAACAAAGAUGGUAAAACUCCUAGAGAAUUGUUUACGGAGAGCCACAAGGAAUUGGUGAAAGAGGGAGAGAAAUGGAUGAAGAGCACAGCAACUUCUUGUACAGUGGUAGGUGCUCUUAUUGUCACCAUUAUGUUUGCUGCAGCCUUUACCGUUCCCGGCGGUAAUAACCAAAAUACAGGAUACCCAAUGUUCUUGAAGGAAAAAUUGUUUAUGCUCUUCAUAAUAUCCGAUUCCAUAUCGCUCUUUUCUUCUUCGACUUCAGUCUUAAUGUUUUUGGGAAUUCUUACGUCACGUUACUUAGAAGAAGAUUUCCUGAAAUCCUUGCCAUCGAAGAUGAUAAUAGGUCUUUCCACUCUCUUCUUCUCAAUUGCAACCAUGGUGAUAGCAUUUUCUGCUGCUCUUUUAAUUAUGUUACGUGAAUAUUCAUGGAUUUUCAUUCCAGCCAUUUGUUUGGCAAGUGUUCCUGUCACCCUGUUCGUGUGGAUGCAAUUCCCACUUCUUGUCGAGAUGGUCAUUUCAACUUUUGGACCAGGUGUCGUCAAUAGGAAAAUAAUGAAGCGCUCGAAAUUAUGUACCUACUUAUCGUCAUGCUGCUCCUGAAAGAAUACCUAUAGUUAAAAAUAUAAACACUUAUUGGGAUUCAUUAAUGUUUG